AUGCAUUUUGGGAUGACUGGUGAGCACCCAUACGGCGAGAAGACGGCAUACACAAAUUACUACAAGAAGAUGAAGGACAGCGACCUCGAGCAAUGGCCCCCGAAGUUCUGGAAGUUCCACUUGACGACAGAAGGAAAGCCCGCCGUAGAAGUGGCGUUUACCGACGCCAGAAGAUUCGGGCGCGUCCGGCUCGUCGAUUGCCCGGGUGCCGAUAUACGCAAGCACUCGCCUCUCGUCGAGAAUGGACCGGAUCCUGUCAUUGAUACAGACGUGUUCACUGAGGAGUAUCUUCGCGGAAAAAUGAAGUCUCGCCACGUACCCGUCAAAGCUCUCUUGCUGGAUCAGACCAUGAUCAGCGGCGUGGGCAACUGGGUUGCCGACGAGACGCUCUACCAGGCCAAACUGCAUCCGGAGCAGUACUGCGACGACUUUGACGACGCAGAGAUUGCCAAGCUGUACGAAGCCAUUCGUUAUGUGUGUCAAACAGCGGUGGACAAGCUGGGCGACUCGGAUCAGUUUCCGGAGCACUGGCUCUUCAACCAUCGUUGGGGUAAAGGCGACAAAGGUAGCUCUGCGAAGCUGCCAAACGGAGAGAAGCUGGCCUUCAUCACAGUCGGCGGACGGACGAGCUGCUAUGCACCCGGUGUCCAGAAGAAGUCGGGCCGCGUCGUGGCUACUGCGAAGGUCGAACCGGUCAAGCUUGAAGCCAACGGGGAUGGCGACAACAAAACGCAUCGCAAGAAAAAGACGGCGCGCAAGCCCGCCUUGCCCGAGAACGAUGGCCCGCCUGCCAAGAAACAGAAGAAGCAGCAGGUAAAGGUGGAGGACGAGCCAACGGCGGACUUGGGAACAGGGCGGAGGCGAUCUGCAAGGUUGAGGAAUUAA